AUGCCUCUUAAUACCCAGCAGGAGAAUCUAGAGAUCACACGUCGACAUUAUAUAUGGCUUACGGUGGCGGUAUGGGUUAAUGCCCUCUUCUGGGCAGCAAUGCCUCUACUUGGCUGGAGUCGAUAUGCCUUAGAACCGUCGAACAUUGCGUGUCUGAUUGAUCUCCGGGAACGAGAUGCUGGUUUCAUCUCUUACGUCAUCAUGAUAUUCUUGGUCUGCUUUGCGUUCCCCCUCGUGGUCAUCGGCCUGGCCUACGUCCACACCCUCAGAGUCAUGCGUGCCAUCGGGGAGGGUGGGGCACAGGAGAACGUCGAAUGGACAAAUGAAAAACAGACAACAAAGAUGGGGGUUAUAGUGGUGAUGCUGUUCGUGGUUGGAUGGUCUCCCUAUGCCUUCCUUCACUUGUAUGCCUUAUUUGACUCCCCAUACAAUGUGACUCCUCUGCUAUCGACAAUUACCGCCCUGUGUGCAAAGACGUCCACGGUGUACAACCCCGUUGUGUACAUCACCAUGAACAGACGCUAUAUGCUGGCCAUCAAGAAGAUGUUCAAGUGCGUGUUCACAUACAGGGACCAUGAAGCAAUUCAGAUACACAACCUUACGUGA